GUCACUGACAGUGCGCGCAAGUUACAUGCGUACUGCAGCAAUACGUGCGCCGCAGCAUCCGCGGCAGCGGCGGAGCCGAUCGAUGGGAGGCCGGACGGUGCUUGCAGAGCGAGGCGUUGACGCAGUGGAGCUCUGAAGGAGCCGGCGCGAACGUGGUAGUCGAUGAUGCUACUCUGGCUGGUGCUUUUGGCGGCCGCUGCGUGCGCGUCGCGCGAAGCGAAGCGGCUACACGAUGACCUGCUGUCAGACUACAACCGGCUCAUCCGUCCUGUCGGCAAUCAUUCACACAAGGUGACCAUCGUCGUCGGCCUAAAGCUGUCACAGCUCAUCGACAUUAACCUCAAGCACCAGGUCAUGACUACUAACAUAUGGCUUGAACAGGUGUGGGAAGACGACAAGCUCCGCUGGAACCCGGAGGACUACGGUGGCGUGGACAUGAUCCACGUUCCGGCAGAAAGUCUCUGGCUUCCAGACAUCGUACUUUUCAACAAUGCGGACGGUAACUACGAGGUGAUCCUGAUGAACAAAGCGACCGUGUACUCGACAGGCAAGGUGGUCUGGAAGCCGCCCGCUCUCUACAAGAGCACCUGCGAGAUCGACGUCGAGUAUUUCCCCUUUGACGAGCAGAACUGCCUCAUGAAGUUUGGCUCCUGGACCUACGAUGGCCUUGAGGUGGAUCUCCAGCAUGUUAAGCAGCGUCCCGGCGUGGCCGUGGUGGAGACGGGUAUCGACAUGAGCGAAUUCUAUAAAUCCGUCGAGUGGGAUAUCCUGCGCGUGCCUGCCAAAUACAACAACGAGUUCUACGACUGCUGCGAGGAGCCGUUCCCGGACAUCACCUUCAACAUCACCAUGCGCCGGAAGACGCUCUUCUAUACGGUCAACCUCAUCAUCCCCUGCGUGGGCAUCUCGUUCCUGACCGUGCUAGUCUUCUACCUUCCCUCGGAUUCUGGCGAGAAGGUGACGCUCUGCAUUUCCAUUCUCGUCUCACUCACUGUGUUCUUCCUGCUGCUCGCCGAGAUCAUCCCACCCACUUCACUGGCUGUGCCGCUUCUAGGCAAGUACCUGCUCUUCACCAUGAUUCUCGUCACGCUGUCCAUCUCGGUGACUGUCGGAGUGCUCAACGUGCACUUCCGCUCACCAUCGACGCACCGCAUGGCGCCCUGGGUGCGGCGCGUGUUCGUGCACCUAAUGCCGCGUCUGUUGCUACUGCGGAGGCCCGACGCGGCCGACCGCCAGCAGCCGCCCGUCGACCCUUUGCAGCUGCUGCUACUACGGCGGCCCACUGAACCGGUGGUGCCAGCGCCGGUGGUGCCUCCUUCGGCCGCCGCCGCGGACCAUCAGCAGUCCGAGUCUCCCGAUGCCGGCUCGUGUACGCCGGAAGUGCGCCGGGCCAUCGACAGCGUGCUCUUCAUCGCGGACCACAUACGCAAGGAGGACGACGACGAGAGCGACUGCGAGGACUGGAAAUACGUGGCGAUGGUGUUGGACAGGCUGUUCCUGUGGAUCUUCACAUGCGCUAGCCUGGUAGGCACGUGCGGCAUCAUCCUGCAGGCACCUUCCCUCUACGAUACCCGGCUGCCCAUCGACGUCCAGAUGUCUCACAUCGGCCGCGAGUACGCGACUUUGCAGUCGCCCUGAUCUGUGACGAGUCUGGUGGCAACUCUGACUCCCAAGCGGCGCUCCCUGUCUUGAAGUGGUGCAGCGGUGCAGAUGUACGCUUUGGAUGACUUAAUGGAUGCGGCGCCUGGAGCGUAAUUCCUUGUGUAUCUCCGCUUACUGCGUUCCCCCUCUCCUGUAAAUAGCUGGCCUCGCUCAAAUACAUUGAAGUACCUUUCUA